GGAGAGUCUUUAAAAGGCAGCAGCAGGGAGAAGAGUCAGAGGAGAAACGUGCUUAAAAGAAAAGAACAGGGAAAUCAAAAUUAUCAAAAACCGGGACGGUGUACAGCCUAAAGGAGACUAAAAAUCACAUUGUUCAGAUAGCAUGUCUGCCAAUAGGAAUGCGGCUCUGCCCCCACUGCUCCUCAUCCUGGUGCUUAUCCAUGACUCUGUUGCCAACACCGUGUCGAGCCAAAACAGAAGCUACACGACCAGUCAGCCUCCCGUGACCCAUAGGCGAAUCAUCUUUGUGGCAGAGCCCGAGGAGCCGGAGACGCCCAUGGCGCGGGCGAGCUCGCGGCCGGCUGUGUUGGCUGAACUCUGUGACUACGACCCCUGCAGGGACCAGCAGACGCCCUGCACCCAGCUGUCAUUCGAAAGUGGAUGCCUGUGCCCAGGGCUCAGCGGGCCCAAUGUCCUGCCCCAGGCCCCGCAUCUGAAGAGCGUGCACCGUGAGGGCUCUGAGGUGGUGGCCCGGUGGUGCGCUCCGGCCUCUGAAGUGCAGCAGUACCGGGUCACAGUGGAGCCGGGCAUAUUUCAGCUGUUUGAGGAGAUUUCCAGAAAAGGCUCUCUGGGGAAUCUGGUGCCAGGGACCAAAGUGUGUGUGGAGGCGAUCAACAGGGCUGGCAUCAGCAACCCUUCAAAGUACUCAUGUACCCGGUAUGAGCCCAAGGGGACUGACAACCUGGCCCUGAAAGCCGGGCUCAUUGCAGGAGGCCUGAUCCUCCUACUGCUCCUCUCUGUGGUGGCCUUCCUGCUAUGGAGGCGCAAGUUGCACAAAGAGGGGAGCGGUAGCGUGGGUCUGGGGAACCCAUCUUUUAGCACUGAAGGAACCCUGUGACCACUGGAGGGCACUAGACUCAGUGCUUUGUGAUACCUUCUGGAGGCAGGGACAAAGACAUUAAAACAUGAUGCAUUUUAUAUGAGGCAUGUCCUGCUGGCAGAAUAUAGACAGCAGGAAAAUUCCUCUGCCAGAGUGCACUGUGACUUAACUGGCCAUAAUUGUGAUACACUGUAUUCAUAUGUAUGGGUGUUUGUGAAUAGUCUGGUAUCUCCGGAGUAGUGAUGGCUAAAUGAAGCUUCAUGAACCACUUGCUAUAUUUUCUGACCCCACUAGAUGGUGCUCUUGGUUUACUUUGGGCCAUGCUUUGAGCCCUUUUUUGAACAGAGAGAACCAUCUAGUGGUUCAUGAAGCUUCAUUUGGCCCUCGCUACUAUAUAGUGUGUUGUGCCUUUCAUGGCACAAACAAAUACCUAGUGAAAUGCUUUGAGUGUGAUUGGUACUCUGCGUCCAACUGAAGGUACGAUGAAGGGGAGCAGACAGAAGCAGUGGUUCGGUGUCAGGAUGUUGUAAGGCUGUAGCACACUUAUAGUGGAACCUCAAUGCUGUAGGAACCUUAAGAUCAGGUGACCAAGGUCAGAACGGAAAGGCAUCAGUAUACGAGUUUCCCUCUGUUAGUCUACUAAUGAAAUAAAGUGGUUCAGCAGAG